AUGAUGAAGCCGGCCGUUGUCAUUGUCGUCACCUUUCGUCCUUGUCGCCCUCUGCAGGUCCACCGCGCGCUCCUCAGGGCCGAGUUCGCUCUCGACGGCCCUGGCGGCAGGCUGAGGGACGUGGCCGUGAAGAUCCGGCACCCUGGCGUGACGGAGAGCGCGUUCAUGGACCUGAACAUCGUGUGGAAGGUGAUGGGCGUCUUUCAGUCUGUACUGCACAUGGCGGUGCCCUUCGACCGCGCCGAGUUCGACGAGGUGAUCCAGGCGCAAAUGGACUUCACGCGCGAGGCCUUCAACCUGCAGAAGUUCAGCCGCAACUUUCGCGGGGAGGCCCGCAUUCGCUUCCCCAAGGUGUCCCCGAAGCUCGUGACGCCCGAAGUGCUUGUGGAGACCUGGGCGGAGGGGAAGGUGAUCUCCGGCAUCUUGGACGAUUUCGACAACAGCUGCCAGGAGGCCAUCAGCGCCAUCAGCCAGAAGAAACGAUUACUUCAGAACAAGCUGUCCGCAAUCCUUUACGACAUGAGCAUGAAGAUGAUGGUCCGUGACAACUUCGUGCACGGGGACCUCCACGGCGGCAACAUCCUCUACAGCGAGGCGGACAACCACGUCACGGUGCUCGACGCGGGCAUCGCCACGCAGCUGGAGCAGCGGAACGUGGCGGCAUUCGGCAGGUUCCUGCACGCCCUGUGCUCCGGGGACGCCGAGAGGACCGUGGAACACCUGCAGCGCUUCAACAUGUCGACCAUCAAGGUGAACCUGGCGGAGCUGAAGGCAGACGUGCAGGCCACAAUGGACAAGUUCAUGGGGCCGUUACGGCAGGAUCCGGACCGCGCCACCAACGCUGCCGACAUGUUCGGGGAGGUGAUGUUCUCCAUGCAGAAGCACCAGAUGCUGCUGCAGGGCGACGUUGCGUCUACAUUGUUCACGAUUUCCAUCAGCGAGGGCCUGAUACGCCAGCUGGACCCAACGUUCGACGUGGCCAAGCGCGCCCUCCCGUACAUCGUCCAGCACAUGCCCAAGCUUGGGCUCUCCUUGGCCGAGGCCAGCUGA